AUGUCCGAAGUCGACGUCCUCAUCGUUGGGGCAGGUCCUACAGGCCUAACGUUAGCCAUUGAGUUAGCCGCGAGAAACGUCAGUUUCCGGAUCGUGGAAUCGAGGGUGGAGGUAUCGGAUAAAUCAAGAGCGCUCGUGGUGCAGCCUCGGACACAGGAGUUACUCUAUCGCUAUGGAGACGUCCAGGAACUCAUUUCACGGGCACGGCAACCGACCGGCAUAGCGACGUGGAUCAACCAGAAACCCGUCCUUGACAUCACCUUCGGCAGCUCCGAUGGAAUUGCGCGCGAGUACGGAACAGACUUUCCUCGCCCCUUGUUGGCGUCACAAGCUGAGACGGAGCGCUUCUUGAGCAAACGCCUGGAGGAGGUUUCCGAGGUCUUCCCUGAACGUGGAAUUACGGCACAAUCAAUUACCCAGGAUGAGACCGGAGUUUCGGUGGCACUCAAGAAGGGAUCGCAAGUCGGACGUCUCCGUUGCAAAUAUGUCGUCGGCGCAGACGGAUCAAACAGCACCGUUCGGGAAGCUGGCAAAAGGUUUCAGUUCAAGGGCGCAGAGUAUCCGCAGGAGUUCCUCCUAUGCGACUGUCGCGUCAAGUGGAAGCAACCUCAAGCAGGCAAAGCGAUGUUCAUGCUGGGUCAGGGCUCACUUAUUGUCAUCCCGCUUGAUGACGAUGUUAUUCGUCUCGCCGGGAGCAGCUGGCUGGGAAAGACGGAGAGAGACCCGACACUCCAGGACUUCCAAGACCAGCUCAACAAGAUGGCACCAGGCCAAGGAGAGCUCUUCGAUCCGAUAUGGCUCAGCAAAUUUCACUUGUCCAACCGUGGCGUCAACAGUUAUCGGGAUGGACGUCUGUUCUUGGCAGGUGAUUCAGCUCACGUUCAUAGCCCCGCUGGCGGCCAGGGCAUGAAUACUGGCAUACAGGAUUCGAUCAACCUAGGCUGGAAACUAGCGGAAGUCCUGAAAUGCAGAAGGAACCCCGAAUUUCUCGAUACGUAUAACAACGAGAGGACCGACCGCAUAUUUACGGUCAUGACAUCGCAGAACUUUGUUGCCACCUUCCUUCGCAACUACCUCGGGCCGAUUAAGAUGGCUUACAGAUUCUCAUCCCAACUCCACAUCCGCUAUAGAAAGAGCGACAUUGUGGCUACUGGCAGCGGCUUCACCGGUCCAGUGCGCGGAGGGGAUAGAGCGCCAAACGGUACCUUGAUAGGCCCGGACGGGCAGGUGAAGCUGCAUGAUAUCUUUCGUUCUUUGGACUAA